AUGGAAUACGUCAACCUCGGCCGCACCGGCCUGCGCGUCUCGCGCCUCUGCCUCGGCACGAUGACCUUCGGGUCGCCCGCGUGGCGCCCCUGGAUACUGCCCGAGGACGCCAGCCGCCCGUUCAUCCGGCGCGCGCUCGACGCGGGAAUCAACUUCUUCGACACCGCCGACAUGUACUCCCGCGGCGUCAGCGAGGAGAUCGUCGGCCGCGCUCUCGACGACUUCACCACACGCGACCAGGCGGCGGCUCGCGGGACGGACUACGUCGACCUCUACCAGAUCCACCGGUUCGAUUCGCACACCCCGAUCGAGGAGACCCUGGAGGCGCUCGACGCCAUCGUCCGCGCCGGCAAGGCGCGCUACAUCGGCGCGUCGAGCAUGUACGCCUGGCAGUUCGCGCAGAUGCUGCAGGUCUCCGAACGGCGCGGCUGGGCGCGUUUCGUGUCGAUGCAGACCACUACAACCUCGUCUACCGCGAGGAAGAGCGCGAGAUGCUUCCCUUGUGCCGCGCCGAGGGCAUUGGCGUCAUUCCGUGGAGCCCCCUGGCGCGCGGGUUCCUGGCCGGGAACCGCGAGCGGGCGACCGGUUCGGAGGACAAGAGAGGGCGGCGACACGCUGCGCGCGCAGACCGACGAGUACGCCCAGUCGCUCUACUACGCCGACGCGGACUUCCGUGUCGUCGACCGGGUCGUCGAGCUCGCCCGCCGGCACGGAGGGUGA